GGUGCAGACGCAUGUAAACCCUCUGCAAUCUUUUUGCAUUUGAUGUUGCAUUCUGGCCGAACAAGCUUCAAGCUGUAAGCUGCGUCGCCUAGGAAACACCAAUACAGCUCAGCAUUGUUUGCUUCUGCGGCUUCCAAAACAAUGACAUUCAACAUCAAGUGCAUUCCUCACGACCAUCCGAGAUGAGACAGCUGCCACUGCACUCGGCCCGCCAGCCCCUGCUGACUUUGAGGGCUGAUGACGUCGAGCGCACGGGAAUCCAUUCUCACCCCAGUCAGAGCACAUUUCGACUAGACCUCGCCUCCACGCCCCUGGACGGAACAGCAGCUUCGGUGAUGAGAUCAUGAGGCCCAGCUCGCCCCUUCUCAUCUUACCUACCUCGCUCGUCGACUAUGUACGGAGUAAUUAUACACUCAACAAUACGGGUACGGAUACCUUGUGAUCAGGCCUCAGAGCAGGACGCCACAGACAGCAUCUGCCGUGCCACUAGAUCGCAAUAAGUGCUGCGCCACCAGCCAAGUGAAUCUCAGCCACCAUUCUAGAGCCCUUGGUUCCACAUCCUCCCUCCGAGUACUUACUUGGAGGUCGGGAGGGAUAGUGAACUCCACAAGCGUGACAGCAGCACUUUUAUUGGAACUACCAUAGGAAAUGAAUCUUCAAGGUCUACUCUGAUCUGAUAACCCUUGUAGUUCUGGGAAACGGUCGACUCGGAAUACACUUGAAGCUUCUAGUCAAAAUCAGGACAUGUAACCGGCCAAGCACUCCAGGUUUAUGGCUUGUCGGAUGCUGGCUACGGCUGGCUCAGCGGCGUAUGCGAUGUGAUUCAGUGAGCAAUGCACAUCUACGGAACCAAUCGCGCCAAUAACUUCGAACCACGAGUACCCGUUCUGCCUGCUAUGCAGCCUAAAUUGGGCAGACAACCUGCAGUGUCCUCUUUCUAGAAUUGUCUGCAGUUUUGAUUCCAUUUAGUCGCUUGAGCCUCGAGGCUCGCGCUUGCUUUCUUUCCGUUUUUCUAAGGUCAGCAAACAUAGGAGAGAAUCCAGGAAAGGCCUAAUAUCGCCGCAUCCCGGAAGCAUUGAUGCGAUUCAACUCUUCUCGACAUCAUUCUCGAUAUCAUGAGGCUUCUCAACGUCUUCACCUUGCAGCUUCAGGAAUUCCACGGCGGUGGUAUUCCUACAUACGCAAUCCUAUCGCACACAUGGGAGGAGGAGGAAGUUACCUAUCAAGACCUGACAUUCGGGGCCUAUACAUCCAAGAAAGGGUUUAUCAAGAUUCGGGCUUGUUGCAGCCAGGCAAUCAACGACGGGUAUGACUGGGUGUGGGUGGACACAUGCUGUAUUGAUAAGACCUCAAGUGCAGAGUUGUCUGAGGCCAUCAAUUCCAUGUUUCACUGGUAUAGUGGCGCUGUUGUUUGCUACGUAUUCCUCAGCGAUUUGCCCGCUCAGGCACCGUGCGGCCUGGACACUCAGUCUUUUCUAAAUUGCAGGUGGUUCACCAGGGGGUGGACGUUGCAAGAACUCCUCGCCCCAUUUGUCGUCGAGUUCUACGAUCAAGGAUGGAACGAGAUCGGGACCAAAACAUCGUUGGGACACUUCAUACAUAUCAAUACUGGUAUACAGCGCGAUAUCUUGGCCGGGCGCCUCUCGCUUUUUUCUACGAGCAUUGUCGAACGCAUGUCCUGGGCCUCGAGCAGGAACACCUCUAGGGUGGAAGAUAUUGCAUACAGCCUUCUAGGAAUUUUUGACAUCAACAUGCCUCUCCUUUACGGCGAAGGGAAACAGGCUUUCUCACGGCUCCAACAAGAAAUUCUUCGAAAAUCCGAGGACUUGAGCUUACUGCUAUGGAGGUCGACCUCUGAGGACUUUGCGGUUCUUGCACAAACACCGGCUGCGUUUCGAAACUUGGAAUUUCAAACCGAGGAAGGGCAACCUGUAUUGGCACUGCAGCGGGCUUGUGAAUUAAUUCGACCGUUGGGCCGCCAGGAGCCAUUUACGCUUGGGGAAGUUUUAGCUGGUGAUUACGCGGCUGCAGAAAGCAUUCAUCCACCGACUAUCACAAGUCGAGGGUUGAGGGCUAGUUUACCCUUGAUUACAGAAGGACUCUAUGCCUGCGCGGUUGUCUUUGGCCGCAUUGCCGCACCGCCAUAUGAUCUAAAUGGAUAUCUCUGCAUCUCGUUAUGCGAUGCACAUCUGUUGUCUGGAACCACGUCUUCCCGCGUGCGAUCGAGUCCAAACUCGCUCUUCUAUAAACCCAGAAACAAACGAAUCGAGCACUCCCCCGAGCUUUACAUGCGCUUGGAAACCCCAAGAAACACAUGGGUCGCCCGUGUGUCUAACCCAGAUUUCAGAGUCGUAUUGGAUCAGAAGUCACCUUACGCUCUCAGGAUUUGUCAACUUACUAGCUCCAUAGGCCAGCUUCUUGACCAAAGUCGCCCGACCGAUAUGCUCCGGUACCAUAUGAAACCUUACGACAGCGGAAUUGUUCAUAUCCAGUUGAUCUCCAAGCCUUGGAUAACACAAAGAGAGGGUCCAGAGGUAUAUCAAGCCUUAGUCGGGAUACGUUCGGGAAAGCACAACCGACUCAGCUGCCGCACCUCUAUGGACGAGAGCACGCUCGACUGGGUUCUCUCAAGGAACAAUACUGAUGAUUCCCGAGAUCUCACUGCGACUUGGCAUCAACGAAACAAGUGGUCAGAUCGCUCUCACACAGUCUUUCCUGAUCGGAAACACGUUUUAUCGGCGGCUAUCAAAGAUACCAGCACAUAUCCUGUGCUGGUACUUUCCGUUCAUCUAUGGAAAGGGGCACACGCAGAGGGGCUCAAUGUAACAUAGAGAUAGGAGCAGUCAACCCCGUGACAUUCUUCUUGGUGCUUUUCGCCGCCUUGUUACAUCUGCGAAGGAGGUGGAAGUGGCGUCAAGGUGACCCCGUAGGGCGAAGGCAUAAUCUGCUACUACUCAUAGGCGUUUUUGAUUGAUGGCCUUUCACACUAUAGGUGGUUUACAUAGCAUUGACUCCUUUCACUCCCCCAACUUUUCUUAUAACUUUCUCAGACAACUUCACCACCUUUUCCUGGAGGUGAAAAUCUUCCGUUGAGAUUAAGCGUGUGUGAUAUGAUCGUGGAUUUGGAUAGUGGGGCGGAUCCGGCAGCAUGAAUUCGCAG